AUGGUUGCGUCAACGAAAUCCCGGUCUUCCAAUACCCCGAGAAAACCGACGAAUGCUGCAUCUAAUUUCUUCGCCAAGAAGCAAUCGAAGCCCAAUGCGAGUAUUCUGAGCUUUUUCAAGAAGACGGACAAACCCGAAGACUCCCUCUUCGUCGGUGGGAGUCUCGGUCUCGCCGCCACCGAAAACCAGGCCCAGGACGAGGAGGAGGACUUAUACAGCGCCGACCCAAAGGACCGCUUCAACGAGAACCAAUCCCCGGUGAAGAAACGAAAGGUUAGCUCCAAUAAUACGAACGAUGUUCCCGGUGACGCAAAACCUCCUUCCAAGAAUGGGAAGCCUCGGGUGCGAGGCCCCUUUGUCAUGGACUCGGAUAGCGAGGACGAAGUGGACGACGCACCGCCCGCUUCGCCGAUCCAUGCACCGGAAAAGACCCUGAUCGAGCAUCUGCAAGACCUGGAUAAGCCCCCAAAGACGGAGAUUCUAGUUCUCCAUGAUCAUCACACUGCGGAACCUGUCGAAACGAAUACCCCGCCACGCUUGAAACAUGAGGAAACUUCUGUUGUGCAAUCCGACGACUUUGGGGAUAUUGAACAUGAGGAUUACGGGGAUUUAGAUAUGUUGGACGGAUUUGAAGGGGAAGAAUUACGUGAAAUGCGAUUCAUGCGAGAGCAGGCCCGCCUGGAAGCCGAGGAAGGUGACGGGGGCUUCUCUGCAGCAGAUUUUCACGAUGAUGUCACAGAAGAUGGUUCAACCAUCAUGAAUUGCCCCAGUUGUGGUGGAAAUAUGGCCGGCUUGUCCACAGAUCUUGCCACACGGCAUGUCAACUCAUGCUUAGAUGGGAACCCGACACCUUUACCUAAGCACGAAGAAGUCAAGCCUGUGUUGCCACAGGAGACCUCACCAACCCGGGAUGUUGGAAUGACCGACUACAGCAAACGCUUUAAACUAAACCGUGGCCCGAAACCACCACAAGAAAAUCCCCUGGAGGACAGCCCAUCUGCCAAAGGCCCCAGGUCGGCCUUUUCUAAACUCAUGUCAAAUAACGCCGAGGCUUCGGCAUGGGCGACUGCGGCGGCGGCUGAGAAAUCCUCCCGUGGGCGACCAGCCUAUGAAAGAACUUGCCCUUUCUACAAGAUCAUGCCCGGCUUCUCAAUCUGUGUUGAUGCUUUUAGAUACAACGCAAUCGAAGGAUGCAAAGCCUAUUUUUUAAGUCAUUUUCACAGCGACCACUAUAUCGGACUGACGGCGAGGUGGACUCAUGGACCCAUUUACUGCAGCAAAGUUACUGGAAGUUUGGUUAGGAAACAGCUUGGGACAGCCGACAAAUGGGUCGUCGAGCUUGAAUUUGAGAGGAAGUACGAUAUUCCUGGGACGGAUGGUGCCACGGUGACGAUGAUCCCGGCGAACCACUGCCCAGGAAGUUCACUCUUUCUUUUUGAGAAGAAAAUGGGCAACGGUUCUGCCGGCCAUGUAAAGCGGAUAUUGCACUGCGGAGACUUUCGCGCCUGUCCAGACCAUGUUGGGCAUCCCUUGCUGAAACCAGAGGUCAAGGACCUGGUCUCGGGCAAAGUGAGGUUGCAGAAGAUUGAUAUCUGCUAUCUUGACACCACGUACCUCAACCCUAGGUAUUCAUUUCCUCCCCAGGAGGAUGUUAUCAAAGCUUGCGCAGACUUGUGUGGAUCCAUGUCUGCCGACCCAAACUCGCGGGACGACAUUUGGGAUAGGGCAAGUAAGGAGGAUGGAGCGCAGGCUGUCAGCAAGUAUUUCCAAAAGUCGCCGACCAGUAAUGAUGGUGCAAAGUCAAAGCCGGCUGAAGGUCCCCGUCACCGUCUCUUAGUGGUCUGCGGCACAUAUUCGAUAGGAAAGGAACGGAUAUGUGUCGCGAUCGCAAAGGCACUCAACUCCAAGAUCUUUGCGUCACCAGCAAAGAUCAAGAUCUGCAAACAGCUAGGGAUUCCUGAGCUCACUGAGCGUCUCACAUCCAACCCGCUCGAUGCACAGGUUCAUAUGCAGAUGCUGAUGGAAAUCCGUGCCGAGACUCUACAGGAGUACCUGAACGGCUACAAACCUCACUUCAGCCGCAUUGUGGGUUUCAGGCCAAGCGGCUGGAACUUUCGUCCCGGGCAUGGCAAUGGGAAAGCCAUUGGGGCGAACACACCUCCCAGUACUAUCCCCACAGAGCAGAUUCUCCAUAGCAAGGGUUGGCGGACCAGAUUCAGCGCCAAGGACUUUACUGCUCAGAGAGGGAGUACGAAAGAGGCCAUGUGUUUUGGUGUGCCGUACUCUGAACACUCUAGCUUCCGUGAGCUAGCCAUGUUUAUCAUGUCCCUAAGGAUCGAAAAGAUUGUACCAACGGUCAACGUUGGGAGCGAGGGUUCUAGAGCCAGGAUGAAGGCCUGGAACGAUAGAUGGAUGGCGGAGAGGAGACGAUGCGGCCUUGUCACACCUUUAAUAGAAGGGCAGGACGAUGACAAGAAAGCCGUUGAGCUCUGGGAUGGGAAACCUGGAAAGGGCGGGGCCGCUUGGUGGUGA